CCAGCCCCAACACCUCAGUUUUAACAGUAGAGUCAUGACAAAAAUUUAUAAAUAUGAAAAUAAAUAUAAUAUUUGUAAACAUUAAAUGUUCCUAGCUAAACUUUUCAUUUUCCAGAAAAACUUCUCAUCUCGUGUACUCUGUUUCUGUUUUAAUAACCAUCUUUGCAAACAUCCACCUCAAAAAAGUUGAAGUCUUAGCAGUCAUAGCUAACAUGUAUUAUGUGCUUCAAUAUGCCAGGCGCUAUGCUUUCUUUUUUUUUAAUCUCCUUUAAUCUCACAGGAGUUUCUGGGGGAAAAAAAAUGACUUGAACACAUUUUCCUGACCUCUACCUUCCCCCACUCCUAUUCCUUACUGGAGCAAAAUUCAAGGACAAAAAGCAACUAACAAAAACCUCUGGAGUUAAUCUGUUCUUCUGAGGACAACUGUGAGUUUUCCAGAGGAGAAAAUGGUGUGCGACAUGUGAAGUCUGUUGGCUGGGAAAGCUGAUUCCUGUCUCAGAAGAAAAGGGAUCUACACAGGCUCUCCCCUGCUGCUGCCAGAGGAAACUUUCUGAAGGUCAACACUGAUCAUGUCGAUCCUGUUAAAAGGAAUUAUAGAAGAAGAAGAAAAAAGGCUGAGAGAGAUGUGAAACACAAGCAAGAAAGCCCCCAAAUCCCGUGCAAGAUGGCAUCAAGUUCAAAAUCUAUGACCUCUGGCAAUUGCAAUCCAAUGAUUUAAUUCAAUAUAUGAGAGAGGAUAACAAUUUUCUAGGACAGAAUUCUGUCUAUGAGUGGCAUAUAAGCAGAGGGCUGAGUAGAGAACAGCAGCAUGCAAGUCAGAAGGCUCACAUUCCAGUAUUGGUACCCUCCUUGCUCAUGGAAUAACUGAGCAAAUCACUUACCCUUCAGUCUCCAUUUCCUCAUCUGUAAAAUGAAGAAUUCACCUCAGUGGAGGGGUCAUUGGGAAGAGAAACAGUGGAGUCAAUAAUGUUUUUUAUGUAGGAAAAAAAUCAAUAAAGUAGGACAAAGAUUCCUUCUGCCAUCAGAUGUCUUUCUGCUUGACUGAACUGCACCUGUGGUCUUUGAAGAAUACCUUACACAUUGGGGAUAGAGAUAUUGGAGUCUACCAGUAUUAUGACAAGAAAGAUCUGCCAGCGACAGAGCAUGGUAACUUAGAAGAAAAGCAGAAACUGGCAGAGUCACGAGAUUAUCCUUGGACGCUCAAAAAUAGACGCCCAGAAAAACUUCGCGAUUCGCUCAAAGAGUUAGAGGAACUGAUGCAAAACAGUCAGUGUGUGCUGAGCAAAUGGAAGAACAAAUCUGUCUGUCAGCUCCUCUUUGGUUCAGGUGUGCUGGUGUCCCUAAGUCUUUCUGGGCCGCAGCUGGAGAAAGUGGUGAUUGACAGAAGCCUGGUGGGGAAGCUCAUCUCAGACACCAUCAGUGAUGCUCUUCUCACAGACAGCUUCAUCAUCUUAUCAUUUUUGGUGCAGAACAAACUAUGUUUUAUUCAGUUUUCCAAGAAGAUGGAUUCUCCUGAUAUAAACAAAAGAUUGGAAAAACUCUCAGCCUUAGAUUACAAGAUUUCCUAUUAUGAAUUACCUGGUCCAGUAAACAGGACAGCAGAGCGUCGUCUAGCUAUCAAUUGUAUUCAGGAUAUGGUUGUUUGCUGGUGGCCACUGGUCAGUGAUGAUGCUUGGCCUUGGGCCCCAAUUUCUUCAGAGAAGGACAGAGCCAAUCUUCUGAUCCUGGGUUAUACUCAAGGAAAACUGGAGGUUCUGAGUUCUGUUCGUACAGAAUGGGAUCCACUAGAUGUUUGCUUUGGCACCAAACAGCCUUAUCAGGUGUUUACAGUGGAGCAGUCCGUCAGUGUAGACAAAGAGCCCAUGGCUGACAGCUGCAUCUAUGAAUGUGUUCGAAACAAAAUCCAUUGUGUGUCAGUCACCAGAAUACCAUUAAGAUCGAAGGCCAUCAGCUGCUGCAGGAGUGUUACUGAAGACAAACUGAUUCUGGGCUGUGAAGAUUCUUCAGUAGUUCUUUAUGAAACUCACCGUAGAGUGACUCUCUUGGCCCAGGCUGAACUUUUGCCUUCAUUAAUAAGCUGCCACCCAAGUGGUGCCAUUCUGCUAGUUGGCAGCAACCAAGGGGAGCUGCAAAUUUUUGAUAUGGCUCUAUCCCCUAUUAACAUCCAGCUCUUGGCUGAAGACCGCUUACCCAGGGAGACUCUGCAAUUCAAUAAGUUCUUUGAUGUUUCCAGCAGUCUUGUUCAAAUGCAGUGGAUAGCUCCUCUGGUUGUUUCUCAGAAGCCUGAAAAUAGACACAUCUAUGAUCUUCUCUUCCUCAGGUUUGACAGAGGACCUUUGGGUGUGCUUUUGUUUAAACUUGGCAUACUCACUCAGGGACAACUGGGCCUAGUAGAUAUUGUCUUCCAGUACAUUCAUUGUGAUGAGAUCUAUGAAGCAAUAAACAUCCUGAGCAGUAUGAACUGGGACACCCUGGGCCAGCAGUGCUUUAUCAGCAUGAGUGCCAUCGUGAACCAUCUCCUUAGACAAAGACUUACUCCAGAGAGAGAAGCACAGCUUGAGGCAAGCCUUGGAACCUUCUAUGCUCCAACACGACCACUUCUGGAUACAACUAUUUUGGAAUAUAGAGACCAGAUCAGCAGAUAUGCAAGGAGAUUCUUCCACCACUUGCUAAGGUACCAGAGAUUUGAAAAGGCAUUUCUCCUAGCUGUUGACAUUGGUGCUCGCGACCUGUUUAUGGAUAUCCAUUACCUUGCCCUAGAUAGGGGUGAAUUGGCACUAGCUGAAGUGGCAAGAAAAAAAGCUAGUGAUAUUGAUGCAGAAUCAAUAACCUCUGGAGUCGAACUCCUGGGGCCCUUGGACAGAGGGGAUAUGCUAAAUGAAGCUUUUGUUGGCCUAUCUUUAGCAUCUCAAGGGGAAGACUCAUUUCAAGAUAAUCUUCCUUCCUUUGGUUCAAUCCACAGGCAUAGUAUUCAACAAAAAAUACUGAAAGGCUCUUCUAACAGCUGGACGAUCAUGACAAGCAGAAGGGAGGAAGAUACACCAAGCCAAUUGAAGGCUCCUUUUGGAAAAAUUGUACCACCGAUGACAUCAUCAGCAAAAAUACCCCAACGCUACCACAAGUCGCUGCACCAACAGAUAGUUCACAAUGCAUACAGACAAGUAAUUGACAGAAGGAAUAGACCUGAAAAAGACAUCUGUGCUGGAUCUUUGAUGACUUAUACCUGUAAUGCAGAAGGAGAACUGAAAGAAGAUUACAGAGGACAGGACAUUGGAGAUGGUGGUUCUCUCAGAAUGGUUCACUUUGGUUUGGUGUAAAAAAAUGAACUUUUUUUUUUUUUAACUUCAAAAAGAAAUCAGCCUUUUUCAUGACCUGAUUCAAUUAAAAUCUCCCCAUAUGGAUUUUUAAAAAGGAAAGAUGGUCUAUGUAACAUAGCAUAAUAGUAGCAAAGUGAUCCUAAAUAAAAGUCCUUAACAUACUUUA